CCGUCAAAAUUCGUAAACAGAAUUGUAAACAAAAAACAUUUACAUGUGCGCUGUUUUCUGCUCCGCUUUAUUCUGUUUUAGUUUUUCAAAUAGUUAAAACUAUUUCAAUAAUUGUUGGUUGUUAAUUAGGUUUAGUACGCGAGUUUCCCCGUCAAUUCGAGAUGGCAAAGCCAAGCUCGAAAUGGACCGAUCUGGCCAAACCGCUGAGCUCACCGGUCCUGGAAGUCAUUGCUGGAUUUGGCUUUCAGAAAAUGACACCAGUCCAGGCAGCAACAAUUCCGUUACUUUUGUCCUACAAAGAUGUCGCCGCCGAGGCAGUUACCGGAUCCGGCAAAACGCUGGCAUUUGUGGUUCCGUUGCUGGAAUUGUUACUGAAGCGGCAGCGGGAUACGAUCUGGAAAAAAUCCGAAAUCGGUGCAAUAAUCAUCUCUCCAACGCGAGAACUGGCCACCCAAAUAAGCGAUGUGCUGCAGGAUUUCCUUGAGCACGAAAAGCUGGCGAUCUUCAAACAGAAACUGCUGAUUGGCGGGAAUCCCGUAGAGGAAGAUGUUGACUCGAUUAGGAAAGAAGGGGCCAAUGUUUUGAUAGCCACUCCCGGACGGCUGAAAGACUUACUCGAGCGGAAAGGCGAUCUAAAUCUAACGGUGAAGGUUAAGAGUUUGGAACUGCUGGUACUGGAUGAAGCUGAUCGAUUACUGGAUUUGGGGUUCGAGUCCACUAUCAAUACCAUUCUGGGGUAUUUGCCACGGCAACGGAGGACUGGUCUUUUCUCGGCGACACAAACAAAGGAGGUGAAAGAUUUGAUGCGAGCUGGUCUGCGAAAUCCGGUUCUGGUUAGCGUCAAAGAGAAGGCCACAGUUAGCACGCCAAAGCUAUUGCAGAACUUUUACGUGAUCGUUGAGCCGGAACAGAAGCUAGCAGUAAUGCUGGAUUUCAUCGAACGCCAGGAACUGAAGAAAGCGAUGAUUUUCUUUCCCACGUGUGCCUGCGUUGAGUAUUGGGGAAUUGCUUUGACGGAACUACUGAAACCAACCAAGGUUCUCGCCCUGCAUGGUAAGAUGAAGGCUCAGCGGAAUCGAAUACUGAAGGAUUUCAGGGAAUCGGAAAAUGCCCUUCUCCUUUGCACGGAUUUGCUUGCAAGAGGGGUUGACAUACCGGAAGUGGAUUGGGUAUUACAGUGGGACGCUCCCUCGAAUGCUGCGGCCUUUGUCCACCGAGUGGGACGAACUGCCCGGCAAGGCCACGAAGGAAAUGCUCUAAUCAUGCUCCUCCCUUCGGAGGAUGCUUACGUGGAUUUCCUUACUCGAAACCAGAAAGUUUCGCUGAAAAAAGUAACAUUGGAACCGAACGACAAGAAGUUCAAGCUUGCCCUCAAAACACUGCACCGUCUUCAAAAGAGUGAUCGUGGGAUCUACGAUAAGGCAAGUCGUGCCUUUGUGUCCCACAUUCAAGCCUACAGCAAACACGAAUGCAACCUAAUUCUUCGAGUGAAAGAUCUCGACCUGGGCAAGAUUGCCACCAGCUAUGGGUUGCUUCAGUUGCCAAAAAUGCCCGAAAUGAAGGAACACUUCAAGAAGUCGUUCCAGGGUCCCGGCGAAGAAAUCGACAUCUACAAGCUCACCUACAAGGACAAACAGAAGCAAGCGUCGUACGACAACAAGGUGAAACUCUACCAGGAGACCGGCGAGUGGAAGGGUAAGAAGAAGCUGCUGAAAAAGAAAUCCAUCCCCUGGGAGCUGGCCAAACAGGAACGCGAGGAGCGGAAAGAGAUCCGUAAGAAGCGACGCGAAGCCAAACAUAAACGCAAGGCGGCCAUAGAAUCCGGCGAUGUGGAACCGGUUAAGAAGAAAAAGGCCAAAUUCUCGCAGGAAGAACUGGAUGAACUGGCGAACGAUAUCCGGGCGCUGAAGAAGCUGAAAAAGAAGAAAAUUACUGAGGAGGAGUGCGACGACGAGCUGGGGCUAGCAAGUGAUGAUGAUGAAUAAGAUGUCCUACGAUUCCCGUAAGGUAUGUACCGAAUUGGAA